AUGCCGAACAAGAGGGCUGCCCGGAACGCCUACUUCUUCUUCGCUCUAGACAUGAUCCCGGAGCUGAGGCGGCGGGGCCUGCAGGUGUCUGGGGUGCGGGACGCCAUCUCGCUGGUCUCCGGGGACUGGGCGUUGUUGUCAGUUGAACAAAAAGAAAAGUAUGCUGAGAAAGCAAAGAUGUGGAAGAGACUGGAUGCAGAUUCCCCCGGCCCUGAGAGAGCUUCUGGAAGUGGCGACCAGGGAAAGGAGAAAGGCAGAUUCGGAGACGACUGGGCGCGACAGAAGAUAGAAGAGUUUAGACAUCAAUCAAGAUAUCAAGAGAGGUUGUUAAAGAAAGCGGAGGAUUUGGAGAACAAAGUGAUCUUAGUCAUGAAUAUUUUCAGCCACGGGGAGAUGCCCAGUUUAUGCGAGCAGAGGUUUGUUCCCUGUGAGAUUGGCUGCGUGCGCUACUCACUGAAAGAGGGAAUUUUGGAUUCAUUCCAUGAUUUCAUUGAUCCAGGAGAGCUGCCUCUUGGUUUCCGCUAUCAUUGUCAGGCUGGAAGUGACUCUACACAUCAGAUUCCGGUGUCUGGAUUUAAACUUGCAAACAGGGACUAUCACAACCUAUACCGUGCGCUCUGUUAUUUUGUUUGCCCAGUACCUUCUAUAUGUGUACAAGUUUAUUGCAGGAACAAUGACAUAUACAGAGUGAAAUGGUGUCUUCAGUGGCUUGCUUAUAAAGGUGGAAUGGACAAUCGUUUUGAGUUGUUGGAUAUAGAGAGUUUAAUACUGAAAUACUAUAGAGACAAACUCGGUGAAGAGCCUUCCAAACCCACUGUUAUUCGGCUGCUGGAUAGCGUUCAUUGGGAUUACGCCGACAACACCAGGUGCAAAUGGCAUGAGGAGAAUGACAUGUGGUACUGUGCUCUUGCCAGCUGCAAGAAAGUUACCUACUGUAUCAGCAAAUCCCUGGCCUCCGUUUAUGGUGUGACACUUACAUCAGCCCACUUGCCCAGCCUAAUGCCACAAGAGAAGCCGUCAUCCAAUGAUAACAAAACCAUCAUCCUCGAUGCCAGAAGAUAUCAGGCAAGACAGUUUUACUGA